GGGGCGCCGAGGCCAGGCGGGCCGGGGCGGCGCCGAGCCGGGCCGGAGCGGGGCGCUGGGUGCCGGGCAGCCGGGCUGGGAGUUUGGGGGGAAGAUGGCGAGCGUGGGGUUGCAGUUCCAGGCGAGCGCCGGGGACGCGGACCCCCAGAGCCGGCCCCUGCUGUUGCUGGGCCAGCUGCAACACCUGCACCGCGUGCCCUGGAGCCACGUCCGCGGGAAGCUGCAGCCCCGGGUCACCGAGGAGCUCUGGCAGGCAGCUCUGGCCACGCUCAACCCCAACCCCACGGACAGCUGCCCCCUCUACCUGAACUGUGCCACAGUGGCAGCCCUGCCUUCCAGGGUGAGCCGGCACAACAGUCCUUCUGCCGCCCACUUCAUCACCAGGCUUGUGCGAACCUGCCUCCCUCCUGGAACCCACCGGUGCAUCCUGAUGGUCUGUGAGCAGCCUGAGGUUUUUGCCUCUGCCUGUGCCCUGGCCCGGGCCUUCCCACUCUUCACACACCGCUCAGGGGCAUCCCGUCGCACGGAGAAGAGGACCGUCAUGGUGGAGUUCUUCCUGGUGGGACAAGACAAUGGCCCAGUGGAAGUAUCCACCUUGCAAUGUUUAACCAAUGCCACGGAAGGCGUGAGGCUAGCUGCCCGCAUUGUGGACACACCAUGCAAUGAGAUGAACACAGACAUCUUCCUUGAGGAAAUUAGCCAAGUUGGAAAGGAGCUGGGGAUCACCCCCACCAUCAUCCGGGAUGAGCAGCUGAAGACCAGAGGAUUUGGAGGAAUCUAUGGGGUUGGCAAAGCCGCCCUCCAUCCGCCUGCUCUGGCAGUUCUCAGCCACACCCCUGAUGGAGCCACACAGACCAUUGCCUGGGUGGGCAAGGGCAUCGUCUAUGAUACUGGUGGUCUCAGCAUCAAAGGGAAGACCACUAUGCCAGGGAUGAAGCGAGAUUGUGGGGGUGCCGCAGCCAUCCUGGGAGCCUUCAGAGCCGCCAUCAAGCAGGGUUUCAAAGAUAACCUCCAUGCUGUGUUCUGCUUGGCUGAGAAUGCGGUGGGCCCCAAUGCCACCAGACCUGAUGACAUUCACCUUCUGUACUCAGGAAAGACUGUAGAGAUAAACAACACAGAUGCCGAGGGCAGGCUGGUGCUAGCUGAUGGGGUAUCGUAUGCUUGCAAAGACCUGGGGGCUGACAUCAUCGUGGACAUGGCCACACUGACUGGAGCACAGGGCAUUGCCACAGGGAAGUACCACGCAGCCGUGCUCACCAACAGUGCUGAGUGGGAAGCAGCCUGCGUGAAGGCUGGCCGGAAGUGCGGGGAUCUGGUCCACCCGCUGGUCUACUGUCCCGAGCUGCACUUCAGCGAGUUCACCUCUGCCGUGGCUGACAUGAAGAACUCCGUGGCGGACCGAGACAACAGCCCCAGCUCCUGUGCUGGCCUCUUUGUUGCUGCACACAUCGGAUUUGACUGGCCUGGGGUCUGGGUCCAUCUGGACAUCGCAGCUCCGGUGCAUGCUGGCGAGCGAGCCACGGGCUUUGGUGUGGCUCUCCUACUGGCACUUUUUGGCCGUGCCUCUGAGGACCCGCUGCUGAACCUGGUGUCCCCAUUGGGCUGUGAGGUGGAUGCCCAGGAGGGUGAUGAUGUGGGGCGUAACUCCAAGAGACGCAGGCUCGUGUGAGCGUGUGAGAGCCGCUUCCCAGCUGGUGAUGCGGUUCCUUACCUCACCGUCCACUGACUGAUUUGAAGUAAUUGAAAGACUAGACCUUGAGAUGAGUGUGGCUUCUCCUUCUGUGACCUGUGGUGUGGGUGUGGCUGCUCCUGUGGUGGGUGUGGCUGCUCCUGUGGUAUGGGUGUGGCUGCUCCUGUGGUGGGUGUGGCUGCUCUUAGAAGGCAGCUUAGGGUUUGGUGGGGUCCGGGGAAGAUUGUCACAGACCUCCUGGGUCGGCUUCUGCAAACUCACUGUCCCUUGUCCCACACCUGGUCUUUCGAACCACCUCAGGUCACCUCUGUGGUGAGUGGGCUUCCUGAUCCAGGCCCUUGCUCUAGCUGGGGCUCACGGGGGUGGCCAGCCAGCCUGUGUCUUGAUGGAUGUGACUGACUGUCAGAGACCCUGUUCUGUGAAGCAGGAAGAGCCUCAUGGCCCCCUCCAGUUCACUUGAAGUUGAAUUAAAUAUGACCACAACA